AUGCUGGCUAAUAAGGCCAAUACUCCAAGAUCCUUGCUUCUGCGAGUGUGGGGCUACGUUAGAGGUGGUUCCAAUAAAGAAACAAAUAAAGCAAACAAACCUGAACAGACGACAAACAAAGUGGUACGACAACCGCAACAAACAGGACCAUCAGGGAGUUCUUCAAAAUUGAAUCGAGAGUCACUUGCUGAGCUUCAAAAUAUCGCCCACGAGAUUGGUACAGAAUCUUUUAGAGCAAAAGAGCAUAACAUGGGCAAGCUAACUCCAAGCCCAAAGCGAAUACGACCGCAAGAAAGCAAUCAAUCUAUUAGAUUGCAGAAUACUUCCAUCACACUGAACAAAACACCUUCGUCAGUAACUACCCCUAUGUCAAUAAAGGAGAUAAAUAUAAUAGACCUUGACGACGACGUAGAGGACUUGUUCUCUUCCCCGUUGCUAAAUUCCAAAAAGAAAAGAAAACACCCACAAACCAACAGCAUACAACAUUCUGGAAAACGUCCUAAACAAGUUGAAAGCCCACAACCUAUUCAGACACUAGCAUCAAAACCAAAACUGCCAUCCACGAUGCAAGUAUCAGCCAAGUCAACCCCAUCAUCAAAUAAGUUAAAACCUAUAACCGAGAAGUUUGUAAGCCAUUCAGCACAAUCUACACAGACACAAAAGAAGGCCCCUUCAGCUAAAACACUCGAUCAAGCCCAGCUUGAAAGUCUCCAAGCACUUGCCAAGCUGAUUGCACAAGAUAUUCCUACAGGCAAACGUCAGAAAGCCCCCUCUGGACUACUGAGUUCCCGGAGAGCCCUUGAUCUGGAAUUGAAAAGACUAAAGGAUUCAAUUGGUUCAUCCAAAACAGCAGCCAAAUCAGGACGUUCUUCUAGUUUAGGGGUCUAUUCACAAAUCCCCAUUGUUAUUGAUGAAUCAGAUUCUGAUGACAGGUCAAUCAGAAUCCAUGGGAGAACACAAGCAUAUCCUAAGAGAGCAGAUAACAAUUUGCCUAAGAUUCCACAAAGCAAACAAAGUACUUCAAAAGAAACUACAAAAAAGACAAAGAGGUCGAAUACAACCCAAUUAACUACACCAACUGUUAAAGCUAAGCUCCCGAAAUUGACUUUGCGUGGAUUAGAAGAACUUCAAAAGAUUGCUGCACUGGUUGUAUAUCCCGAACUUGAACACUCACCAAAGCCACCUACAACAGCAAAGACUCCAUUCAUCUCGCCUAAUUCGAAGAAAUUGGUUGCUUCAGCUCAAACAAGAUCUAGCCCAAGUGCAACUGAUUCCAUCAUUCCAAAGUUUUUCGAACAGGAGUUGAAUAAAUCGUAUCCUUCCACUCCUAGUGUUCAAAUUGGCAAAAAGGAAGCAUAUCGCAAUAUAGCAGCAGCCCAGAGUGAUUUACUCAGCAAAUCGAUGACACCCGAAUCUAGCAGAGAGAAGCAACCUGAAAUAUCAACUUUAUCUAGAAGAUCAUCAUUGUUUGUCCCAAAUCAUAGUGGAGAAGAAUUACAAGAUGAUAUACUAGAGAUUGAAUUGCAAGAGUUUCAAAAACUGAAAGAAGACAAUGCGCGUUCCGAUGAAGUUAAAAUUGUAGACGUGUCAUAUUUAAGUUCGAAGAGUCCUGAUUUGGAAACCUUGGACGACUCAUUUGUUACAAGCACUCAGAAGAAGCGGUCAAUUGAUGAACAUCCAACACCUAGAAAACUAAGACGAGUUAAAGAUCGGAAGAAGAAACGUCAAGUUGUAAAGACUAGAAAUUCCAUUCGUGUUAUAAAUAGUUCUAAUGAUGAAGGCGAUUACCAUGCAGAAGAAGAAGAAGACCCCAUUGAGAAUAGUGAUAGUGAUUUCGAACAGGAAAUGGAUCGUAAUAAAGAAAGAGAAUUGUUGACGAGCCAGGAAAGUAUUCUUGAACAACUGCAAUCUCAGAACAACUUGAAGAGUAAACCAAAGGUGAAACCUAAUGUGACUGAGUCGACUGUAGGAGAAGUUAGCAGAGAGAAUGAAUCUCAAAAGGAAAAGGAGGCAUUUUCUGGACUUAAAAGACCCCCAGUGAUUGUUGAUGAUUCGGUUGAUCAGGUUGAAAUAAGCGAAGAAAAAUCCCAACUAGUUACAAAAGAUCAAAUAAUGCCAAGUCAAUCUGAUGAAGAUCCAAUACAAGCUUCUAAUGAAACAGAAGAAGCAACAACAACAACAACAACUCAAGACAAGGAAAGUCUACCUGCUAAAGAGAAAUUAACUGAGCCACAUGCUCAAGUCUUAAUGUCUUCCUAUGAGUUGAAUGAGAAGGAACAAGUCGCUGGUGCUGAAAGUCAUCUGGAUAUAAUUUCAGAUCAUACUAAAAGCUGGAUGGAAAAUGCCGAUCAGGAGAAAGUGGAAACACGCAACCAUAUUCCCGAGAAAGUUGAAGCUCAAACUCAAACUGCUGUGCAAACAAUAGAUAAGGACAUUGUUGCUUCUCAACUUCAAACCCAAAGACAAUCCACAGACAGGUCUCGAGCAAAAGAAAAAGAUGCAACAGCUACCCAAUCUGAAAUCCAACCGGAAACUGAUUCUUUUAAUACUGGUCCCGAAGAUUCAUUAACACGCGCCAGUGUUGAAGUCAAUUAUGAAAGGUCUGGACAUGAAGUUUCUGCAAAUGAAUCCACUCAAACUGAUCAAGUUGCACACAAUCUUGAGACUGCUAUUAGAGAAAUAAUCAGGAAAUCUCAAGAGACACCAGAAAGUGAGUCUAGUGAGAAUAAAACUGGUGAAGACAAGGUUGGUGAACAUGAUCAUGAAGCUAACUUGGCACAUGAGAUAGUAAUGGAGCCUCCAACUGUUGGAAUGUCUAAACAAAAAGUCAGCCCUCGAAAGGUGACUAAGAAAGGUUCUGAUCUUGAAGAAGCUCGAAUCAGUUAUGGAAUUAAACAUGUCCAGGAUUCAGACCAAGCUGAAAGUGAACUAGAUAGGUCAGCAGGGGAAUCGAACAAGAAACUUGAGUCACAUGUUAAUAUAAAUGAAACAAUCAUGGAAAACGGCCAAGAAACACAUUCGCAAGAACCAUCAUCUCACCCCCCAAUUAUCUCAUCUCCAUCCAGCCCACAAGAAGAAUCAAACCAAGCUCCAGAUAAAAACGCGAGACGUUAUUUGGAGAAAAUGAAAAAGAAGUUUCCUUCUAGUUAUGGUGCCAUUAUGCAAAGUCAAGAAUUAAGGUAUUUAUCAGAAACUGUUGAAGAUUCGGGUAAGAAGAAAACAUCAAUGGAAGAACAAUGCAAUAAAGAAGGAUCUGUUGAAGAAGCACACAUUGAAGUUGAAGUUGAAGUUGAAGUUUCAGGAGACAAGCAAGGUUUCCCUGAAGUACCAAACAAUAAAGAAGCUACUGUUGAAGAGCUCAGCAAUCGAAAGGGAUUUUCGGUUAAUGCAAUAAACCCUGAACUGACUGAUCAACUGCACGCAAACAAGCCUGAGGAAGUAGUUGAAACGACAACUUCUCAAACUGCUUUUGUUAUUGAAAAGUCUACCCAAGAAAGUGAAGCUGCUGAAAACCCAGAAGACGACCAAUCUAAUGGAUCAAGUGAAUCCAUUACCGUCAAUAACCAACCCAUGGAAGGAGCUAUUGAUGGAAAUACAGAAGAUGAGGUUGCUGCUUCAGGUGCUCUUGAUAUGAUGCGGGAAAAGUUUCCUGGGGCAUUUGGUAAGUUAAGAGUAGAGUAUCUUAUACAUAAGGAUGGUAGUCAACUUAACGAGAAGCAAGUGGAGGUGAAUGAUAAUGAAGAGGAUGAUGCUGGGAAUCUAGACAAAGGCUCUUCUGAUGUCGGUGGUGAUUUUUUGGAAGAUGAAGAUAAGGAAGUCGAGAAAUCGGAAAACCAGGAAAAAGAUGAUGAUGACGAGGAAGAAGUGGAUCUGCAAGAAGAUGAUGAAGAAGAGACUCAAGAUAAGGAAGAGGAAAAGGAAAAAGAAUCCGCUUCUUGGGGUAAAACCCCAGGGUUUGACUUAACAAGUGGGAUAAUCAUGUUGGAUGAUACAGAUGAUGAACCUGAACAAGAACCCGAAGAAGAUAUUUUUGGUACUAUUUCAAGUACAAAAACAGUUACCAAGAAAGGAUAUAAAAAGAGUAAACAAAAAAAUAGGUUGCUGUCCAAGAAAACCCGUAAGCCGACUCGAGUUGAAGAAACUAAAUCAGAAGAACAACAAGAACAACAGGAAAGUAACGAGCCUGAGCAAGACAUUGAGACUGCAAGUGAAAAUUCGAACAGAAAUGAAGAAACUCCAAGAAGAACUAGAAGCUUAAGAUCUAAAGAGGUAGAUAUUUCUACAUCACAGAAGCCCAAACAAACUCCUCAAUCUCAAGAAACUACUACUGCUACUCCCAGAAGACUUCUCAGAUCUGCGGUAGCUGCUCAAGAAACUAGUACUCCCAGAAGACAUCUCAGAUCUGCGGGAGCUGUUCAAGAAUCUGAAACACGGAAAAGCCUUAGUGAUCUGGAAGUGGAUGUUGAAGAUUCUAGUAAAGUUACUACCAGAACUAGAUCAUCCAAGAAUACCACUACUAAAACGAAAGAGAAAGAGCAGCCAUCUGCUAUUACACCUAGAAAAAACCUUCGAUCUGCUGCACCUAUUGAGUCAGAGGAUGAUUCCGACAUUGAGAUCAUUUCUAUUGUUGAGGUUCUGAAGAAUUAUACCCGAGCCCAAAGAGAUGAAGCGAACCCGGUAAAGUUUGAAAAAGCAAAUAAAGCUAGUGAUCUUGGGAGAACGGUUACAUAUGAUGAAAUUCAACUUGACUUAGUUACCAAUGUUGUUGAUUUUGAUCUGCAAGGCAAUCAACUUUCAACAUGCACUAAAUGUAAGACCAACAAGGUUGAAAAGUUAGAAGAUGAAAUAUGCGCUAACUGUAAGAAGACUAACCGUACCAAACGAAGAAAAUCGAAGUUUGCCGAUGUGGAGAUCCCGGUUCAGAUUCGUAGAUCACAGAGAUUAAAUCCUAGUGAAGAAAGUAGUCCUCGUUUGACCAGAAGCCGUGGGGAUAAUUAUUUUGAUACUUCUCAAGUUCCUGAUCGUUGGCCCUCGGCUGAAGAUCUGAUUAGAAGAAGAUGA